UGAGCAGAGGUGCAGGGAGGCCGCGGACAAGAGCCGCCCUCCGGACAUGGGCCGUCGGCUGCCGCUGCUGCUGCUGCUGGUUCAGACCUGCAUCCCAGCCUCGUGGGGCCUGCGGUGCGUGCUGUGUGAGACGAGCGGGAAUUGCCGGGUGGACGAGUGCACCCUCGGCCAGGACUUCUGCAGGACCACGGUACUGCGCAUAUGGGAAGGAGGGGAAGAGCUGGAGUUGGUAGAGAAAGGCUGUGCUCACCCAGAGAAGACCAACAGGACCAUGAGCUACCGGACCGGCAUGCAGAUCAUUACCCUUACAGAGGCCAUAUGUGGGUCAGACUUGUGCAACCGGCCCAGCCCUGGCCGGGCUCCCACCUUUCCCAGAAGCCGUUACCUUGAAUGUACUUCCUGCGCCUCAUCAGAUAUGAGCUGUGAAAGGGGCCGGGAGCAGAGCCUGCAAUGCCGUGACCCUGGAGAACAGUGCGUGGAGGUAGUGACCCAACGGAGCCUGGAAGGGAGUAUAACGGAUGAGCACUACUCCCGCGGCUGUGGCUUCCUUCCAGGCUGCCCAGGCCCCGCCGGCUUUCACAACAAUCACACCUUCCACUUCCUGCGGUGCUGCAAUACCACCAAAUGCAAUGGGGGCCCAGUCCUGGAGCUUGAAAACCUGCCAUUGAAUGGUGUCCAGUGUUACAGCUGUGAGGGGAACAGCACCCACAGUUGUUCCUCCGAAAAAACUUCCCUCAUUGACUGUCGAGGACCCAUGAAUCACUGUCUAGAAGCCACCAGCACUAAUGGGCUGGGAAACCCAAGCUACACAGUGAGAGGCUGUGCAACUGCCUCAUGGUGCCAAGGCCUCCACGUGGCCGAAGCCUUCAGCUUGACCCAUUUCAAUGUCUCUUGCUGUACUGAAAGUGGCUGUAACCACCCAAUCCGGGAUGCCCAGCACCGCAAUGAGGGCACGCCCCGGCUGGCCCCUGCCCACCUCAGCGUCACCGUCACCCUGCUUAUGACUGCCAGACUGUGGGGAGGCACUCUCCUCUGGACCUGAACCCCAAACCUCCCCACCCUACCCUGGCUGGAUCCAGGGGACCCCUUUGACUUCUUAGCUCUCAGCCUUACAGACUUGCUUUGUGACCUCAGGCCAACGUGCUGUCCUCUCUGGGCCUCAGUUUUCCCAGCUGUCAAAACACCUAUCUCACAGAGUUGGUGUGAAAACCAGAGGAGGAAAGCUGGAGAAAGGCUUCAGGCCAGCGGGAGAGCUCUUGUUAUUAUUAAUAUUG